GAUGCGCAAAACCAGCAAUGCUGCUUUAUUUUUUCAUAUUUAUUCCAUUCGUCAGUGUAGUGCUCGGUGAAGUCCGUUAUUCUAUUCCCGAGGAAAUGAAGGUCGGCUCCGUCAUCGGUAACUUGGCACGGGAUUUGGGACUGGACAUCGCUGAAUUGGUGAGGCGCAAAGCCCGUGUUGUGGCUGAGGGAAGCCGACAGUAUUGUGAGUUAAACACAUUAACGGGAGCUUUGCUGGUCAGCGAGAGAAUGGACCGCGAGGAGCUGUGCGCACAGGCGGCUGUUUGUGUCGUUCAGUUUCAACUGCUGCUCGAAAACCCGCUCAAAGUGUACAGUCUUAUUUUGGAAGUGCAAGACAUCAACGACAACAGCCCCGUGUUCGCCAAUGGAGAGAUCGAACUCGAACUAGUCGAGUCGACUAUUUUGGGAAGACGGUUCCCAUUGGAGAGCGCUCGGGACCCCGACAUGGGAACCAAUACGAUUAAGCAUUACAGGCUCAGCCAAAAUGACUACUUUGCCUUAGAAAUGAAUAAACAAGUUAAUGCCAAUGCCUACCCAGAACUGGUUCUUAAAAAACCGCUGGACCGGGAGACCCAAUCGGACUAUUAUUUGACUAUCAGUGGAGUUGACGGAGGAAAUCCACCACGAUCUGGAACUGCUUCGAUUCACAUUCACGUGCUGGAUGCAAACGACAAUGUUCCCGUUUUUAGCCAGAGAGUUUACAAAGCGUCUAUAGCGGAAAAUUCACCCCCAGGCACGUUGGUGACGAAAAUAAACGCCACAGAUCUGGAUGACGGUGUUUAUGGAGAAGUAACGUAUUCAUUCAGUCACGUGUCGGACAAAACUCGAGGGGUUGUUGAAAUUGACCCUGUCACGGGGGAGGUGAGGGUUAUCGGCUUAAUGGAUUAUGAAGACGUGAGUGUCCACGAGUUAGACGUCCAGGCUAAAGAUGGCGGUGGUCAGUCCUCUCACUGUAAACUCAUUAUUGAUGUUGUUGACUUGAAUGACAAUUCGCCCGUGAUAUCUGUAAAAUCAGCUUCCUCCUCUGUGCCUGAAGAUGCCUUACCGGGAACUAUGGUUGCAUUAUUGAACGUGUACGACCAAGACACUGGGACAAGCGGCCGUGUCACUUGCGAUAUAACAGACAAUGUCCCAUUUAGACUCGUAUCAGAGGUGAAAAAUUAUUUCAUGCUUGUGACAGACGACAUUUUGGACAGAGAAACACAUGCAGCCUUUAAUAUUACAAUAACUGCUGUGGAUUCUGGGUCUCCCCCUUUAUAUAGCAGCAAAGUGAUCCCUAUAACCGUCUCAGAUGUAAAUGACAAUGCACCUGUUUUUUCCCAAAAAUUGUAUACUGUGGAUAUCCCUGAAAACAGGCCUCAGGGCACACCGGUCAUCAGAGUCACAGCGCAGGACAAGGACUCUGGUUCCAACGCUAAAAUUCAUUAUGCACUGCGUCUGGAAGCCGAUCCUGUGACCGCUUCUCUGCUCUCCAUCAACUCCGAGACAGGGGACAUUUUCACCUCUCGUCCCUUUGAUUACGAGACGGCGAGCCACUUCCAGAUAACCGUCAGCGCACGAGAUGCGGGGAGUCCACCGCUGACCAGUACGUGCACGGUCAGGGUUUUUGUCAGCGACCAAAACGACAACGCCCCCGUGAUUCUGUACCCUGUCCAGUCCUCCAGCUUCGUCGCCGAGGACCGCGUACCGCUGGCAGCCCCGAGAGGUUACCUGGUCACCAAGGUGGUCGCCGUGGACGCGGACGCUGGCCACAACGCCUGGCUCUCCUAUCGCAUCGUCAAGGCCACUCAGCCCAACCUGUUCUCAGUGGGACUCCACUGCGGCGAGAUAAGGACCCAGCGGCCAUUUUUUGAGGAUGACGAAAUCAAGCAGACCCUGGAGAUCUUGGUGGAGGACAACGGCCCGGAGUCUCUGACCGCCACGGCCACUGUGAACAUCGCCAUCGGCGACGGCCUGCCCGUGGUGGACGAGCUGUCCGACUUCGCCCCCGAUGAGUCAGCCCCGAACGACGACUUGAUUUUCUACUUGAUCAUCGCGCUGGCCUCCGUGUCCGGCCUGUUCCUCGUGCUGGUCAGCUCGGUGAUCUACGUCAAGCUGUGCCGGCGCAGCCUGUACCGGGGCGCCUCGUCCAACCUGCCCGUCUUCCCGCCCACCUACGGCCCGCCGCACUACUCGGACGUCAGCCGCUGGGGCACGCUGGACAACGACUCGCGCUACAACUCCUUCCUGACCACCGGCUCCUGGCGCGGCGACUUCCGCUUCAGCUCCGGCUCCGGCGGGCCCCUGGACUACGACACCAUGACCAAGAGGAGCCUGCCGCCCCUGAAAAACGAGUCCCUCGUGCGCCUGACCGCCGAGAACGCGGCCAGCCUCAAGGCCAACCCCCGCCGGCUGUCGCGGCUCUCGGUGCCACACAAAAUCUAGUGCUAGGGGUCAGACCGUAACCCCUCGCCCACACACCAGCACACUGACCAGUUAGAGAAGGUGAUA